AUCUCUCAAGACAUUCCCUACCAAUAACAACACUUUUAAGGGGAGAGAAAGAGAGAGAGAGAGUAAAAUGGCAAUGGUGAAUGAGCUAGGAAUAGAGAAAGAGGUUGGAAGUCACGAAAGCGGGAUGAUGAUGAUUAUGUACGACAAAGUGAAGGCUGUUAUUGGAGGAAGUGCGGUGGUGGUAUUCAGCUCAUCGGACUGCUGUAUGUGUCACGUGGCCAAGCGUCUUCUCUUUAGCCUCGGCGUUGGUCCUACUGUUAUUGAGCUCGACUCCGAUAAAGGCGGAAGCGCUGACAUUCAGGCUGUGCUGUACCAGCUUACUCAUGAGCCGCAGAUUGCCCUUCCGGCUAUAUUUGUAGGAGGCAACUUUUUAGGAGGGAUUGAGUCUCUUAUGGCUUCUCAUAUUAAUGGCUCUCUUGUUCCUCUCCUUAAACAAGCUGGUGCACUUUGGCUUUGAACAUGAACCUUUUUAUUAAUUCAUUAUUAUUAUUAUUAUUAUUAUUAUGCAUGUUUGCGUUGUUUUACUAUUGUAAAGUACGUAUUUUUUACUUUAUUAUUAUUAAUUAGAAUCACUAAUUAUACUUA